GCCAUGUUUGGCUGCUUUGUUGUAGAUUCCUUGUAGGUCUCCUGCAGAUUUUAGCCUAAGUCUUGCAAUGGAGCCGAGCUGGAGUACGUUUUUAUUUCAGAGCCCCUGCUAAACUGCUAGUCCAAUAUGUUUUAACAGCUUUAAGUAAAGUAGAAACAGGCCAAUGAGGCUCUGCAUCACCAGCACCAAGUAGCCGGAAACAGCCUCUUGCCUUUGCUCAAUUCUGGAACGGAGCCACCUGAUCAGAAACCGGUGCUGCCCAUUCCUUUGGACCAGAAACCCCCUGUCAGUGCUGCAGAACUUCUUAAAGACAAUGUGGCCAGUGGGACUGGAGGAGGGGGUGGUGGGCCUCCACUUACCAUGAUCAAAAAGGAGCCCAAGUCAAAGACGCCUUUCAUCUGCGGCUACUGCAACAAGGCUUUCCGAGACAGCUACCACCUGCGGCGGCACGAGUCCUGCCACACUGGCAUCAAGAUGGUUUCACGACCGAAGAAGACUCAAACAGCCCCCACCAUGGUGCCGCUUAUAUCCACUGUACCACGUGAAAAUAGCGGAAACCCUUCAUAUAUUACUACUGUAGCUGGUAUCUUGACAACAGCCACCACGUCAACAGCCACAGGUACGAGCAUCAUGACCCCAAUGCAACACCAACAGCAGCAGAGCAUCCCUAAAAAGCCCCCCAAGCCAGUGAAAAAAAAUCACGGUUGCGACAUGUGUGGUAAAGCCUUCAGAGAUGUAUAUCACCUCAACCGCCACAAGCUGUCGCACUCGGAUGAGAAGCCGUUUGAGUGUCCUAUCUGCCAGCAGAGGUUCAAGAGGAAGGACCGCAUGACAUACCAUGUCCGCUCCCAUGAUGGAGGAGUUCACAAGCCUUACAUCUGUUCUGUCUGUGGGAAGGGCUUCUCCAGACCUGAUCACCUAAGCUGUCAUGUCAAGCAUGUCCAUUCCUCAGAGAGGCCAUUCAAGUGCCAAGUAACAGCUUGUACCUCCGCCUUCGCUACCAAAGACCGUCUGCGCUCCCACAUGAUCAGGCACGAAGGCAAAGUGACCUGCAACAUCUGUGGCAAAAUGCUAAGUGCUGCCUAUAUCACAAGUCACCUCAAGACACAUGGCCAGGCCAGCUUCAGCAACCCAUGUAACAAUAAAGGCAUAAGUGACUGGCAGUGGAACCACUCAGGGCCACGAAAAGGUGAGUUGACAGUAGGAGAGAUUUUAAAUAACUCCUUCCAAGUCCUAAUUGACAACUCUCACAAAGAUGCCAACAGUGUGCACAACAACUCCAACACAACGCCGGUCAGCAACUCGGCAGCCAUUACUUCAUCUUUGAACCGGGUCGGCCAUUCCAGCAACCCAAUCACCAUCGCUGCGCAGAUGAACAUCGCCACCAGCACGGUCAACAUCACGUCACCGAUCAACCUACAGCACCCUGUUACCAUAACCGGCCCAGUGAACCUGGCCUCUGUCAACAUACCGACAACAGCACACAUGAAUAUUGCCCACCCAGUUGCUAUCACCUCUCCCAUGUCUAUGAAUAUCACCGGGCCACUCAACAUUGCCAUGCGGCCCAUGGAUAGCAUGCCUUUUCUAUCCCAAGUCCUGCCUUCCUCCCCUCCUUGGUAGAACUGUUAGCCCAUGUAACAGCAGAUAAUGUUUGAACUGCCCAAUAAUACAACAGCCUGUCAAAUCUACGAAAUGUCUCUCAAAAUGGUUGAUAGUGCGUUUAAUUAAAAAAGGUGAUAAUGAAUGUUAUACGACCACAAAAAUAGUAACCAAUGAUCUUUACUGGCAGGAGCCAUUAUUAUGGCAAAUGUUGGCAGUUUUCAUGUAAUAACGGGACUUUUAUGUGGAGAUGAUCUUCAGCAACAGAUGUGAUGGCCUCCACUCUCCAAAGUCAACUUUUCACACAGGGAUAGACAUUCAAUUUCGUACCUCUUAUCUGCCUGAAUGGUGUCAAAGGCUGCAUAGCAUUUUAGAGAAUGUGUUUUCAUUAGUCAUAACAUGACCUCAUGGGAUACAGUUACUGUGUAAAUAAGGACAAUUUUAUACCAAAGAUUUUCUAACUAUAGGGUUUCCACCAAAUUAUAUAUUUUGAAAGAUUACUAGAAAACCUUUAAACAUUUAAACCAAGGAUCAAAGCGUUUUCUUUAGAAAGUGUAAUGAACCUGGUGAGCUGUCUCAUCUGCUCUGGAACUGUGAGAAGAAGGGAUGACAUGGGGAGCCUGUUUCGAAAAAAUUUAACAGUUGCAGCCAACAUGUUCAAAUGUUGCAUCCUUCCCGAGACUCGUGUACAGUAUGUUGCAAUAAUAAUGCUCCUUAUUGCAGCAUUUCAGUAUGAUAUGUUUACCUGCUUGCAUUACUGGCAAAUAAUUGUGAUCUUCGUAAAACUUCAAAACCAAAAGUGCAUUUUCUUACACUUUGAUUAGACAAUGGUUAGAUGGGCAGUUCAUACAUUUUCAGCUGCUGCAUUUUCACCUGUGUUUUGCUUCUUUUUGUUCCUUGCUCUCCCCUUUCUACAAACGUGGGCAGUUUGUGUUACUAUGAUAGUUGUCAGUUAGCUGGCUCACUGCAGCAGUGAUGGCAGUUAACACAAUAUAUGCUGUGAGAGUCUAACCCUCUGAGGAUGUUUUUGCACCUACAUUUUUCAGUCUGUUUAAUCUGACUCGUGGCACGAUUUGUUUGGAGAGCUGUGAACAUGCUGAUCACACCAAAUCUACCCCAACAAGACCCUUGAAAGGGGGUCGAUUUUGGUCUGGUCCCAAACAAAUUCUGGAGCGGUAUGUUUGUGGAGGAAACGUGGUCCUAACAGGGUCUUUGAGCUUUGCAUUUUGGAAUGCCACGUACAAACUGUAGCAUCUAGUGUAGUAAUGGUAGUAACAGCAAAUCGGUCUUACUUGGACCAGUGAUUAGCAACAAAAAACCUCCCAACAGUCUUACUUUUUGCCCCCAAAACAUCUGACUAGUAGAUGGAAAGAAUUUUGAUGUUUGGAGUGAUGCAUUUUGGCUCAAGAUUUUCUGUGUGAAUAGAAAACGAACAAAGGAUAUUUAGCCAAGUUCACAAACUCACCAACCAAAGCAAACAAACUAUAGGUGUGAAAAUGCCCUCGGAGCCCUUUCCCCACAAUUCUUUAACUAUUCUUCAGCCAAUGAAGUGUCUGGUCUGGUCUUGUAAACUAGUUGAAAUUGAUUUCUUCAACUGGCCAUCUGACUUCCAACAUGGAUGACGUGUGAUAACUUAACUAUACCUGAGGCAUUGUUUAGCAACUGCGUCAAUGGAAUUGAUUGCCAGAGUUGUUAUGAAUUGCUUCCUCUUGAGGCAUAUUUUUUCAUGUUCAUGUUUUUUCGUAUUGUUAUUUUAGCGGACUUAUCAGUAUUUAAUAGUUAAUGUAUUUUAAAAUUAAACAACAGAACAACAAAGCUUCCACUUUGGGGAAGGGUGAGUGCUAUUUUGGAUUUCACUGUUGGUUCAAAGGCUGGUUAGUUCCAUCAGCUUCUACCGUGUCUGUAUUUUUGAAAUAUUUGGAAACCAGUCACUCCUCACUGCUGGAUAUUCUAUAUAAGUGUAUCUGACAUUUGUUAGGACUUUUUUUAUGUAUUUAUAUCAGGACAUGACAGUUGAAGGUACAACUUGGAGGAAGUGUCUCGUACUGAAAGCACGUCCUCUUGUGUGUCCCUUAAAAUCACAGUAUUAUCAAAUGUCAAAUGAUUUGAAAUUAUGAUUACUGUGGACCUUUGUAACUGUAGAGGUCAGAAGAGCUACACGGUGGCUGAUGAGACCUGUGUGCUAUGGAAGCAUUUCCAAAGUCAACUAUUUUGGUAUGUUUGUUUGGGUAGGUUGUUUACUUUAGCAGGUAUAGGAUCCCAUCACUGUCAGUCAAACUCAGGGGGGUUACUGAGAAUAGUCUUUUAAACCAUGCUCAACAAUUUACACACUGACCAUUUCUUUGUAAAUAUGAAACACUAUUUUAUUGCCUUUUACCUGUGAGAGUGAACCUCUUGACUUACCACAGGCUAGCAAUGCAAGAACUAAUUCACCACUGGUGUGGCCGUCCAUCCUGGAGGGGACAGAGAAAUGAGCAAAGGCUAAUGAAAGGAUAAGAAAGGUGACCGUUUCUUUUGAUAAUUAGUAAAUUGCAUUAAAGGCCAAAAACCAACAAUUUACAUGCCAACAAGUAGCAUCUGUUGAAGGCUACAGCUUGAUUUACAGGAGCUUGUGCUUCCACUAUCACACAAUUCCAUUGUUUUCCAAAAACUAUUAAAACGCAUGAAGCAGCUUUACUGUUUAGUUGAGAAACACAGGCCCUGUCCAGACCUGGCAUCAUCACCUGUUUCAGGUGAUCUGUUUGCUCCGCACAUUUAGAGAAAUGUUAGACAUGUGCCCACAUUCCUAUACGGAUAACAGCCCUGCCUGUAGACCCACACUGACUAACAAUAUAAUUUGGUCUUCAUGAACAGAAAGGUAUGAUUUAUAACUGGACAUGCAUUUUAAUGCCAGGUGAACUGAUGAAAUCAGAGCUAAACACACUAGCUCGGACCACCAGAGACCGCUAUUAUAACCAGGUCUGAACAGGUUCUCAGUGUUAUUCUUGCCAAACUAACAGCAGCAGAAACAGAUGUUUGCAAGUGCUAGUGCUUCGCCUCAAGAUGAAUUCUUGUUUUAAACACACUCCUAGAUUUACAUGUCCCAAGUAUGGCUCUUGUAUAUUUGUUCAUUUAUCUCGGAUGGUUCAGUUAAGCCUUGUCAGGCUGUAGCUACACAGAUCCAACUUUUCAGCAUGCUGAACUAAUUGUUGGUUAGAGCCUAUUCAGGGAAAGUGUCAGUUAUAAAGAGGUGAGGUCAUUUCAAUUGUCCUUUUAAAUCUGAAUUCUCUGUAGAGGUCACUUGCUUACUCAUUGUUUAUUUGUUUUUUGUUUUUUUUGUAUCCUGGCGGUUGAUCUUAACAGGAAAAAUGGAGGCUGUGAUCACAAAGAAUGUAUUCAAAGCUUGGGUGUACCUGAAAGAGCAAAAGUGUAGAAGUGUUAUCUAUAUUGCCAAUAUACAGAUUGGUUGAUAACCUGGGUGUGAUGAUUGAACAUCAUCUGUUGAAUCACUGAACUAUUCAGUGGAGACAACAGAGGACACCAGAACACAGGACCCCUCAUCCAAACAGCUCUCACUGGGAUCUGGGAGACAUUAGGCAGGUUAGCUGAUAGGUGAUUUUUCAGUCCUAGAACAUCAUGACAGUGGCACACAAAGACAAAUGCCAAAAGACAGAGCUACCUGGUCCAGUGACACUCUUGAUCAGGGCUGACAGGUCUAAUGAAUCCUGAUCCCUGUUGUAUGUCGUAUUAGGGUGUGGCGCAAUCAUAAGAGGGGCCAUUUGAUUCCAGAGCGGAGCUGAACGCGUGGUCUUCCAGCCGCCUCCUUGCUUCAACCCAAAGCUUUAUCUCUCAAUGAGACCUUUUUUUUGGUGUCUGUAGUGACAGAAUUGAGCAUGUGCAAUCACAUACUCGAUCAAUCACUGAGAGACUUGGGUCAGAUUAUUGGAUAAGCUGUUAAUGAAAGUUGCACAAAUUGUCUAAUACAGCCCCUCGAAUUCCAACUUGAAAUGAGGAGUUGCCAGAUUUUGUUACAUGAGCCGAUUUAUUUGAGUUUAGCUUGUGAAGAAGUGGAAUCAUUAGAGAGAAAUAGGUCAGAAUAAUGAUGUGAGGGCUGCGAUGUGUCAUUCACAAUUACUAGAAACGUGGUGCACUUCACUUGAAUACUAGGUGUUUCAUGGACAGUGACUGAACAAAGGCCUGGACAUGUUCACAGGUGUCUUGUGAUCUCAGCCUCAACAGUUCCUACACCAGACUCACAAACUGUCCCACAGUUCCCUGGCUUUGUGUGUGCACGCUUGUUUGAGUGAGAGAGUGAGUGAGUGAGUGUGAGAGAGACCGAGAUAAUUAGUUUGUAGGUCUGAGGCCUGUUUGUAGUUGACAGCCUUUUUUCAGUGCAGGAACUCUGAAGCACCUGCAGCAAACUGUGGGAUGUGCACACUACAGAAGCGUGGUACUUAUCAAGGGCAUUUCAGUUUAAUGAGAUACGACGAUCUUUGUUUGUUUUACAAUUCACCCGGCCACAUCUGCAUUUUGUUUUGCCUCAAUAAUUUAGCCGUAUGCAUGCUAACUCUGUCCAUCAAGGGAAAUGCUCUGAUGUGGUAUGGCAUUAUGAUCUUUGAAACCAUUUCAUGAACCAUCUUUGUUAUUAUAAUUUUUUUUAUCCAAUGUUGCAUGUGGAUGACUGAGCUAGUCCAGAGUAGGUUUGAGUUCAAAACCAUAUUAGAAGACUAGCGACUUAAUGAAAACAAAACACUAAAAAACUAAACUAAAAAAAUUAGGAUGAAAGGAAGUAUGGCAUCAUUUGUCCUUCUCCAUUGGCCGUAAACAUGUGUGCCUGAAAUACUUUGCAAGAGUUUUCCUCAUGUCAAUGCUUCCUCCUCUAGUUGUGCUGUAUGAUGGAACAGUUUUGUGAAGGAAGCCUUCAUUAUUUUAGACAGCUGAUGGCCACGGUAUGGCAACCAAACAAUAUUAUGAUUAGCUUUUUAUUUUUUUAUUAUGUUUAAAGCUAAUGAUUGUGACGUUAACAUAUUCGCUUUAAGAACAACCUUGAAACAUGAAUUGCAAUCUUAAAGUCGAGGUCAUAAAUGUAUCAGUUACAUUCAACCAUGUGGUUUAAGUUUUUAAUUUGACUCCAAGCUAAUGUGAAAAGCCAACCAUUUAUAGGCCAAACUAUGAUUUGGAAGAUGAUUCUUAUUUUCUGUGAAGUUUGUAUGAUGAAUUUGGCAGAUGUGAAGGCAAAUGAAUGUAUAUCUUUGUACAAACCAUUUAGUUCAGAGGACAUGUUAGUUAUGACAGACAUGCAAGAAAAAAAUAACCUUUUAUAAAUCUUUUUGUAUUAGAACAUUAACAAUGGUAAUUUUGUAUAUACGAAGGCUAGGCUUUCUGAUUAGCAGAAAGGUAAAACAUUCCUACAUUUUUUUUAAAUGUAUGUCCAUUGAGAAUAAUUAUGUAAACAUAUGCCCAAUGUUUUAUGUGCCUUUUAUUUGGGUUUGUCUAAAUAGAAGAAAACAAUAAAACAUGAUGGAGUCUCCAUACUGAGUUGUACCCAGGAAAUAAAUGCUGUCCAUCUCACCUGAA